AUGGACAGCAUCGCCCUCUUCGAAAUGCUAAAGCAGGCCAUGAUGCUCAAAUCGAGGUCUUGCCGCCUCGCUGCGACCGAGGUGGUGUGGGCCGUUGCGAUGCGUUUCGACCGGAUGCUCAGCCACCAGAAGUUGAGCGACGCACGACAUGUGCUUCAGUGCGUCAAUACUCUGCAUUCGGACCUGCUAGCAUCUGGAGAUGGCCGAGCCGUCGAGGCGGCCAUCGACAGCUUGGGAAGGGUAGGUCGCCUCAAGUCGGACAUUCUCCUCGGUCCUACGAUCCUCAAGCUCGUCGAAACACUCGAGGCCGGGCCCUUCCCCCGGAGCGCCGCCUACAGUCAGAUUGUCGCGCUCUCCGCAUAUCACCACUGUACCACCUUUCAGCUGCUCUUCCCGCACCUAGAGCAAGUCUCCGUAUACGUCGUUAGCCGCAUGAUGGCCGUCCCGUCCCUGUUUAUUGAGGUCCUUCGCCUCACGGGCAUGACGAAAACCAAGUUCCUGCAAGCGACUUUGCAACAUAUUGUCCCUGCCUUGAUCAAAUCCAAGAGUCGCGUCUCGCUGCAAUCGGUGGCGAAAGCAUUGGGAUCAGAAGAGAAAAAGCUAUGCAUCGAUUGCAUGGUGCCCAUCCUUAACAUGUGCCUCAUUCAGGAGCAGCGUGCUCGUAAGCAAUGCAUUCAAGAGUUAUCACGAUACCUGGACGCGGCGUAUUUCGACCAGAUGCUCCGAAGCUACCUGCCAGAAAUUCUCGGAAACUUGGUCAUCAAUCUCGGAUACGAAGAGCGGCGUCACAAUGCUUUCACUGGCCUGAACUUUGUCUAUGAAACACUGAAAGUUAAGAAAGAGAAGCGCACCUUCGGCGAGUGGCUCGGGGCGGAGAGCAUGGCGAUCCAUGCCUGGCUUAACGAUGAUCUCAAUUCUGGCCACGGUCGCCGUACCAUGGCCGAGAAGAAGGCCGUCGUCAAGAGCUUGUCAGAACUGAUCGACAUAGUGGGGUACUUCAUCACGUCGAUUACGCCACAAAUUAUCGCGACCCUCACGUCCAACUUUGCAAAUGCCGACCUCCGCCAUGAGGUCCUAAAGACUUGGCGCAAACUCAUCUCGGUGCUGCAGGCAUCUGAUCUAGAGCUGUACCUCGGCCAGACUGUCGCCUCGAUGUCUUCCUUUUGGGAUACGAUGGAUGAAGCAGAAAAGGACGAGGCGAUCGGGAUGAUCAACGAUCUCCUGUCACAGCCAAAGGAUUUGAAAGAGAAGGCCGAGACAGUUCUCAGUCAGGUGCGAACUUCGCAAAGCAUGCGAGAAGAAGUGACUGCGCUUCAGCAACUUAAGGGGAACUUUGCAGCAAGGGCUACCAAGCGACAACAACUGACGGGCUUGCUUAAGGACUUGUACAACGACAGCGCUGCGGUCUUGUUCCAGGCGCUUGGAGAACUGCAAAGUUUCCUCUUCAGCGAACGCGACUUCGUUAAAGAACUGGCUUCUGGCAACAAAUUCGAUCCACUAGCCGGUUCGAUCAUCUCUGCGCUGCUGGCAAUCCUUGCAAGGAUGGAGGCUGCCUCGUCAGGAGACAUCGCCCAGCUCGCUUUCCAAUGUCUAGGAUGCGUUGGGGCCAUUGACCCUGAUCGGCUCGACAUCCGUGAAGAUGAGCCCAUUCGGAUCAUCCUCAACAACUUCAAAGACCAAGAUGAGGCUACCGAUUUCGCUCUGCAUCUGAUCAAGGACGUCCUCGUCAAAGCUUUCCGUGCAACCGAUAACACCAAGCAUCAAGCCAAUCUGGCCUUUGCGAUUCAAGAGCUGCUUAAGUUCUGUGGUUUUUCGACGGCAUUGCUUGACACUGCUCCAAUGCACAACAGAGCAGCUCCGCCUGUCAAGACCAAGGCACGGUGGCAAGCCCUUCCUCGCCACAUGCUUGACACGGUCGCGCCGCUGCUAGAAUCGCGGUACUCCAUUCAAUUCAUCGAUGCCCCACCGCGGGAGCUGCCACUUUCUCACCACACCAACUCAUACAGGGAAUGGCUGCAGACGUGGACCAGUCAGCUGAUCAAGGCAACCCAAGGUACACCGGCAGAACCAGUGUUCUCCGUCUUCCGCGGUGUGGUUUUGGAGCAUGAUCUCACAGUGGCGCAGCACAUUUUGCCGCACCUCGUAUUGACAGUGCUGAUCUCAGGACCUCAACAGAGACGUGACGAAGUGCGAGAAGAAUUUCUCGGCGUGCUCACGCUUCAGGUCGUAGGGAGAAAGGACAAUAAUCAACGGUUGAUGAUGGCUCAAACUGUCUUUGGCCUGAUGGAUCAUCUGAGUGUCUGGUUGCAUCGAAAGCGGGUGGAGCAUGCAAAACAACAACGUCGAUCGUCGACACGGAGUCCCAGGGAAGAGAUAUCUGUCAUCGAGUCUGUGAUUGACUCGAUCCCACAGCAGCUCUUAGCCACGGCUUCUUUCCAGAGUCAAUCCUAUGCAAGGUCGCUCCUGCACUUUGAGCAGACCAUCCGCCAAUACCAAGGAGAAGUCGAACCCACCGGAUUGCAGGAUCAACUCGAAAAAAUGCACUGCAUCUAUGCAUGUCUUGACGAACCGGACGGCAUGGAGGGUAUAUCGACCCUGGUCCGUUCUCCAUCACUCGAGCAUCAGAUUAGGGAGCACGAAAGUACGGGCCGUUGGACUGCGGCGCAGAGUUGCUGGGAGCUCAAGCUUCAGCAGGCUCCAGACGAGCCCAAACUUCACCUCGGGUUGCUGAAUUGCUUGCGCAACCUUGGACACUAUGACACCAUGCAAACACACAUUCGUGGCGCACUCAGCCACAAUCCGGACUGGCAGUCGCUGCUUGGUCAAUUCGAAGUCGAAGGCGCCUGCAUUUUAUCCCAAUGGGGCGAAGUUGCGCGCUUAGUCGAUCUCCCAAAUGCCACUAGCGACAAGCAUGCACUUGCCAGGCUGCUCCUGGCCAUGCGGAGCGGCGACCAGGUCGCCGUGCUGGCUGCACUGAGGGAUGCCAGGCAACAACUGGGCCGCCCCAUCAUUGCAGCAGGCAAGACUCGUUACGCUCUCAUCUACGACUCCGUUCUGCAGCUUCAAGUGAUCCAAGAUCUGGAGACAAUUUUCGUCCACAAAGAAGGCACGCAAGACAUUACUGCUCUACUCUCGGAUCGGGUCGCUCAGACGCUUCCGUCCUUCCGCGUUCGAGAGGUGCUCCUGAGUGCACAUAGAACUGCACUCAGGAGCGUAAUGAAAGAUAACAAGGCUUCCGUUGCCGCAGCUUGGAUCCAGACGUCCAAAUUUGCGCGCAGAGCGGAUCAUCGUCAGACAUCCUACAGUGCAGUCCUGCAAGCUGCGAGGCUCGAUGCGAGUUUCUCCUUCGUACAAAGGGCAAAACUUUUGCGUUUGGAUGAUCAAUUGCAAGCCGCAAUACAGGUCAUGAACAAUAACCUCGCAUCCUUCGAGACCCCUUCCUCCGAGCUGGCCGGAUAUCACGCCUCGAAGUCGGAUAUUGCAAAAGCGAACUUGCUGCGCUCGUCUCUCAUGGAAGCGACCGGAAGGUACAGCCGAAACGAGGUUUUGGAAAGCUACAGACGGACCGCCAAAAUUGACGAAACAGCCGAGAGGCCGUGGUACCAAUUGGGACAUUACGCGGACAUAUCUCGCGACACUGCGGACGGCAGCGCGCAUGUGGUUGAUGCAAAAGUAGUCAAUUACCUGCUUAGAGCCCUCAAGUAUGGUAUUAAGUACUUCUUCCGGACCUUGCCUCGUAUCCUCACAAUCUGGCUUGAUGCCGGAGAGAAUGAGGUUGUGGUGGAAGCGAAUCGCGCCGCACAAAAUGCACCUGGUACAGGGGAAGAUGCUGCCGUCACAGCUUUCCGUGACAUCAACAGCCAUAUUCGGAAAGCACACGCGUGGAUACCCGGUUACCAGUGGCUCGCUGUUUUCGCCCAGCUCGUCUGCCGAGUUACCCAUCGCAACGACUCAGUCUGGAAAUUAUUACAAGAUGUGAUCGGAAAGGUGAUUGACGAGUACCCCCAGCAAGCAAUGUGGGCAGUGGUCGGUGGCUGUCAAUCGAAAGAUCUGGAACGUCGCAAACGUUUCAAAGAGAUCAUCCACAAAGUCAAAGUCCGGUCAACAGAGAGCGGCUUCUCUGUCGUCAAAGCGAUCGAUCAAGCGCUACUCAUGGCGCUACAGCUUCAGCUUCUGUGUGAUCAUCCUGUGCAACAGAAAGUGUCGGUCCUGAGCAUGGCACAAGAGUUCCCCAAAAUUAUUUCACUUGAGAGCGAUCAUCUCUUGCUGCCGUUGCAAUCUUCUCUCGUUGUCGGACUACCAGCGAACAACAUCAGCGACAGAGACCACCAGCCAUUCCCUGACAACUUGCCCUGCAUUCAGAGGUUUGAUGACGUGGUCGAGAUCAUGAAUUCAUUGCAAAAGCCACGAAAGUUGACUGUGCUAGGGACGGAUGGCGCAUCUUAUAAUUUCCUUUGCAAGCCAAAGGACGACCUCCGCAAAGAUGCCCGCUUGAUGGAUUUUGAUGCCAUGAUCAACAAGCUUUUGCAAAGCAAUUCUGACUCGCGUAGGAGGAAACUCUAUAUUCGCACGUACGCGGUCGUGACGCUCAAUGAAGAAUGCGGCCUCAUCGAAUGGGUACCGAAUACAGUCGGCUUGCGGCACAUUUUGCACAAGCUGUACGCAACUCGCAACAUUCACCUCUAUGGCCCCGACGUCAAAAACGCAUUCGAGGAGCAGAAGGCCAAUCACAAAACGGCAGCUAUGGUCUUCGAGAACAAAGCUCUUGCAAAAUACCCGCCUGUCUUCCAUGAGUGGUUCCUUGCCACAUUCCCUGAGCCUUCUGCUUGGCUGGGUGCGCGGCUGCGCUAUGCACGGACACUUGCGGUGAUGUCCAUGGUCGGCCACGUUCUCGGAUUGGGAGACCGCCACGGCGAAAAUAUCCUCUUUGAUUCCGUGUCGGGCGAUACUGUUCAUGUGGACUUGAAUUGUUUGUUCGAAAAGGGCUUGACGUUCGAGAUUCCGGAAAGGGUUCCCUUCCGCCUGACGCAAAACCUGGUAGACGCACUCGGAGUUACUGGGCCAGAUGGUGUGUUCCGAAAGGCGGCUGAGAUCUCGAUGACGAUCCUCAGAGACAACAAAGACUCAUUGAUGAGUGUCCUCGAAGCUAUGAUCCACGAUCCCCUCGUCGAGUGGACUCCAGAUCUUCGCUACAAAAACAAAGUGAGCCAAAAUCGACAUGGAGGGAUCGAUCCGCGAACGCUAGAGGCUCGCCAUGCACUUCACACAGUUCGCCGCAAAUUGGAAGGUUACAAGAAGCUGUCGCACAGCACGUCAGGCGAAGUGUCCCUCUCCACGCCGAACCUUGUGGAUGCGCUUAUCAGAGACGCGACGUCCUCUCACAACCUUGCCUUGAUGUACAUCGGAUGGGCGAGCUACCUGUAG